UGUAUCUUUAUGCGGACAGGCGUCUCUCAAUCGGAUUCGUCCGUGCGUUGCCGUCGGCUGCCUCUCCUCGUUCCUACUUCAGACUACGGGCUCUCUUCCACAAGACGCCGGUCUAAGAUCGAAAAAUCUAUGGAAACGGAUCUCAAAAGCAAGCAAGCAGAGAAGGAGAAUGGAGAGGCGGCAGCAGAAAGGGUUUUGGCUCGAACAGUACCGGAGGGAUCUAUCCAUGGCUUUGACUCUCUCCAUCGCCUUCUCGAGGCCUCCCUAGAACCCGAAAUCUUCCAGGAAGUGAGUCGCAUGUUGUUGGGAUUGAACUGCGGAAAGCCUCUUGAGCUCAUUCUUCUGCCUCAGGUUGCUGGCUCUCUGUCCACUAAAUAUGAUUUUGAUUUGCAGGGUUUUUGCUUCCGUGCUGACGAAGAGUCGCUAAGGCAACCUAGAGUUGUUCGUGUAGGCCUAAUCCAAAACUCUAUCACACUUCCUACUACUGCACCCUUUAAUGAACAGAAAAAGGCCAUCAUACACAAAGUAAAAUCUAUGAUUGAUGCAGCUGGUGCUUCUGGUGUUAACAUCAUAUGCUUGCAAGAAGCAUGGAUGAUGCCAUUUGCCUUUUGCACACGAGAGAAAAGAUGGUGUGAAUUUUCAGAACCAAUUGAUGGAGAAUGUACACAGUUUCUUCAAGACUUGGCUCGAAAGUACAGUAUGGUCAUAGUGAACCCAAUUCUAGAAAGGGAUGCUAAGCAUGGAGAAGUUCUCUGGAAUACUGCUGUGAUUAUAGGAAACAAUGGCAACAUCAUUGGUAUACAUCGAAAGAAUCACAUUCCUAGAGUUGGGGAUUUCAACGAGAGCACAUACUACAUGGAAGGAAACACAGGUCAUCCAGUGUUUGAAACUUGCUAUGGGAAGAUUGCUGUAAAUAUUUGUUAUGGAAGGCACCAUCCUUUAAAUUGGUUAGCUUUUGGAUUGAAUGGAGCUGAAAUCGUUUUCAACCCUUCUGCUACUGUUGGAGAGUUGAGCGAACCAAUGUGGCCAAUUGAGGCAAGAAAUGCUGCAAUAGCAAAUAGUUAUUUUGUUGGUUCGAUCAAUCGUGUUGGGACUGAGGCAUUUCCAAAUCCAUUUACAUCUGGUGAUGGAAAACCUCAGCAUUCAGAUUUUGGACACUUCUAUGGAUCUAGUUAUUUUUCAUCCCCAGAUGCAUCUUGCACUCCAUCUCUGUCAAGAUAUAGAGAUGGUUUGCUAGUCUCUGACAUGGACUUGAAUCUUUGCAGACAGUUAAAGGAUAAAUGGGGCUUUCGAAUGACUGCUCGUUAUGAAUUAUAUGCGGAUUUGCUUUCACGGUACUUGAAACCAGAUUUCAUUCCCCAAGUCAUUGUGGAUCCCUAUUUGCAUAAGCAAUGACAGUAAUCAGUUGGAUAUUCGUGUCAUGCAACAGGUAAUUUGUUCGUAACAACUACCGCAUACACGGCUUCAAAUGGUUACACGCAAAAUGAAUUACAUGUUUAAUGUUAAAAUUGUUCUUUGAUUGAAACUAUGAAAAUGAAGUGGGAUUGCUUUUUCAGUGUGAACUUAAUUAAAUGAAUUUUAGGCCUUGUUCUUUGUUUU